GGGGCGCCUUGGCUCCUGGUUAGGGAGAGAAAUCCUAGCAAUAAGUCACAGGCCGGGAUCUGCUGCAGGGGGCUGCGUGUGAGGCGUCGAGUAGGCAGGAAAGCUUGGUCACCCAGGCCCCGGGUCCGCAUUCCUGAAGCCCGGCGCCGUCACCUGGCUGCAGCUUGUCCCCCGUCGGCACCGCCUCCCCGGAGUUCCCAGCUCACAGGCUGGUCCCGGAGAGUGGGCGGCCCCUUUCCAGAGCGCUGAAACUCUUACUUUCCCCGGCCCUGCUCCUCCCCUCCUUCCUCCUCCUCCGCCGAGCCUUCAUCUUUGCCUUGGCCUCUUCCUUCUCAGCCUUUGCCUCCCCAUUGCGCAACGGACACCCGGUCCGGACCGACGCGGCCCCAGCUCUUCACUGGACAAGAAAACGAGGCCGAGAGGUGAUAAUGAACGUGGAUCAUGAAGUGAACCUCUUAGUGGAGGAAAUUCAUCGCUUGGGCUCCAAAAAUGCUGAUGGAAAGUUAAGUGUGAAAUUUGGGGUCCUUUUUCGAGAUGACAAAUGUGCCAACCUGUUUGAAGCCUUGGUAGGAACGCUCAAAGCUGCAAAACGGAGGAAGAUUGUUACGUACCCUGGAGAGCUGCUUUUACAAGUUCCUAAAACGGAAGACCCAAGCACCACUUGGUACCCUGGAGUCACAAUGUACAAACGAGUUACAGGAAAAAUGAUACGCAAUGGAUCCCAGGCAUUUCCACAAGGAGGCAUCUUUCUGGCUGAUUCUGAUGGGUCGCCCUGGCGAAGAACCCCUCCUACAGUGCUGAGCUUCCAGAGCAUCCAAAGCAGAGGAGGACAAAGGAAGAAGGGGUGGUGUGCAGGAGAAGCCUAGGAAGAUCCUGUUCUUGGGGAAUUUGGGAUUUGGGGUGAUGGGUUCUAGGCUCAUUUUAUUUCGUUUGUGUGUUCUGAGGAAACAGAAGAGGAAGAAUAGGAAAUAAAGGAGAAGAAAUAGCACAUCAUAGUGGGAAUGAUGGAUCUUAUAAAAUGAAAAAGUAGUAAA